AUGAGGGUCCCCGCAGCGGGCUGUGCCGUCCUGGGCAGCCUCUCCCCUGCGCCGGCCCAGCCCCGCGGGGUCUCACGGCUGCUUCCUGUCCCCGGGGCAGGUUCCCAGCUGCAGGUGACCACGGCGCCCUCCUCCACGGCCCGCGUGGGCUCGGGGGCCCUGCUGCAGUGCUGGUUCGAUGUUGGGGAGUGGGUGGCCCUGGACUCCCUGUGGGUGACGUGGUAUUUCUUGGAGCAAGAGGUGGCCUGGUACGAGCAGGGCAGGAGCCAGACCCUGCCCAAAGCCCAUCUGCUUUUGGAAAAGGAACUGGAGGGUGGAGAUGCCUCCCUGUCCCUGGCUGCAGUGACAGUGCCUGACAGGGGCUUGUACUGGUGUGUUGUUGGGUACAGGGUGCAGCAGCACCAUGGGGAGACCAUCCUGCACCUGCUCGGUCCCAAGGUCCAGGUGACCACAGUGCCCUCCUCCUGGGCCCGCCUGGGCUCGGGAGUCCUACUGCAUUGCCGGUUCACUGUUGAGGGGCCAGUGGCCCUGGACUCCGUGCGGGUGCAGUGGUAUUUAGGGGAGCGGAAGGUGGCCUGGUAUGACCGGGGCAGGAGCCAGGCCCAGUCCGGGGCCAGCCUGCCAUCGGAGAACGAGCUGCAAAGUGGAGAUGCCUCCCUGUCUCUGGCCACAGUGACCCCAUGGGACAAGGGUGUGUACAAGUGUGUCGUGUGGCACAGGGAACAUCAUCACCAGGGGGAGACCACCCUGCAUCUGCUCGUUGGCCCAACAAUCUCCAUCCCAAGACCACAAGCUGUGGCCGGUAAGGAAACGUCGCUCCUGUGCCACGUGGUGGGGUUCUUCCCCAUGGAUGUGGACAUGGUUUGGCUGAGAGAUGGGCAGGUCCAGAAGGGCUUCACUCGCUCCAGUCCCCAAAGCAAACUGGACGGGACCUUCAUCUUCACCCUGACCUACACCUUCACUGCCGACCUGCACGACAGUGGCAGCGUCUUCUCCUGCCGCGUCUACCAUGAGGUUCUGGGGCAGUCACUGCAGGAGGACAUCUCCCUGGACAUCCUAGCUGCACCAACAAUCUCCAUCGCAAGACAACAGGGCAUUGCAGAUGCUGAGACCUCCCUCCUGUGCCACGUGUGGGGGUUCUUCCCUGAGGACGUGGACGUGGUGUGGCUGAGAGACGGGCAGGUCCUGAAGGGCUCCACCCGCUCCAGCCCCCACAGGAACCCAGAUGGGACCUUCAGCCUCACCCUGACCUACACCUUCACCCUCACACACACUGACACUAGCAGCAACUUCUCCUGCCACGUCCGCCACAAGGCUCUGGAGCAGCCACUGCAGGAAGACAUCUCCCUGGACAUCCGAGAACAGAGCACAGACGUGGAUGAAACCAGAACACAGAUCAUAGCCAUCAUAAUCAUAGCAGGAACCGUGGUCAUCAUAAUCAUUUCCUGCCACACAAAUAGGAGCAAAGGCUGGGCAGUCCCAUACUCCAUCUCGGAUGUGGCUGGGCCAGAGCGGUGCCUGCUGGGCCAGGAGGUGACCCUGCGCUGCUCCAUGGAGGGGACGUUCCCUGAGGAUGUCACCAUCAAGUGGGAGUGGAUCCACAGUGACGAUAGGACCGUGCCUGACAGCAACCAGCCACAGUCCCCAUCCGCUCCCAGGGGCUGCAGAGUGACCGAGGAGAGAGCUGGGACCCAUCUCAUAUCCUCCCUGACCUUCACCCCCACGGUGCAGGAUGACGGGGCGCAGGUCCGGUGCAUCUUCCUCCAUGAGACCAAACUGAUCAGAGAGGAGCGAGUGUCCCCAGAGAUCCGGGUGUGGGCCCGGCCGCAGGUGUCUGAGAUCCAGGUGUUGCCAGAGUGGGACCCCCGCGACAAGGUGCCGUUUGCUGUCCACCUCCACAACUUCUACCCCAGGGAGGUGCCCCCGAUCCAGUGGGGCUGGGACGGGGCCGGGAGCUGGAGGGAAGACCCCACGCAGAUAGACAAGAACGCGGACGGCACGUUCACUGCGACGAGCGUCUGGAGAGUGCCCAGCCGGAGCCUGACCCGGCCGGAGCUGCGAGUGCGAGUGUGCGUCCAGCACGGCCCCGGAGAGCCCCCGAGCGAGAGAGAGCUCAGCCUGAGGGCCGCGGGUCUCCUGCGGCCCCCCGACGUGUCCGAAAUCUCCCAGACCGAGUCCAUGCCCACGGGGAAGGGAGUCACCCUGAGCUGCCGCAUCACGGGGCAUUUCCCGGGGGAGCUGAGCGUGACCUGGCUGCGGAGGGGCGAGGGGGAGGACACUGCUGUGAUCCUGCGGUACUCGACUGAGUGCAGGGUGGAGCCCGGCACGGCCGUCCUGGCACGGGACGGGAAGAGCUUCCAGCAGGAGACCAGACUCACCCUCUGGACAUCCAAGGACCAGGGGGCAGAGUACAUCUGCCGCGUGGCACACCUCGCCCUGGAGACCCCCACUGAGAGGAGCAGCACCUGCCAUCUGCACCUUCCAGAGCGGGGGGAGGGCUCCCAGCUGCAGGGCCUGGUCCCCAGGCAGCCGGUCACUGUGCAGAGCUUUGUAUCAGGCUCCUACCUCAGGCAGCUGGUGAUGCCCUUGCUGGGAAAGAGAGCAAGAAAGAAGGAGCCCAGGCCCCUGGAGAACUCAGAUGACCACGGAGUCCUCACUCCGGCCCCCAGCCAAGCACCAGAUGGGAAGUCCUACAGCGUGGAGUCCAAGCUGUGUGUUCCCUCCAUGGAGCCUGAGGACGCUGGAGUGGAGAACCAUGGCCAUAUGGAGCAGGAGGCCCUGAAGGAGCCCACGUCCAGGUCCAGCGAGCAGCUGCCACAUCAGGGUCUUUCAGAGUCCCCCAGAGCCUCCAAGAGCUGAAGAGGGAGGUGGCAGCCAAAGACAGAGGCAAUGUCACCAGCACUGCAUCUCUUCCCCACCCAGGAGAUGCCAGGGAUGGUGCCCACAGCUGGGCUGAGGGAUCAAGGAUGCUGGGCCCAGGGUCUCGGUCGUGGCUGGAACAUGGCUGGGUCAUCCCCAGGCCUGCACUGGUGGAUGCUGCUCCUGCCGUUCUGCCUUCAUGGAUGGCCUGUGCGGUGGGGCUGGGCAAGGAGCCCAGGGGUGCGGACUGUCUCAUUCUCUCUGUCCAUGGGGUCCCUGUCCAUGGGCUUCCAGAAUAAAGAUGAGAGUGCUGAUGUUUA